GAAAGGGUCUCUCCGGGCGCGGCGGGUGACAGGGCCUCGGUUUGGGGACUGUUGGCGAAGGCGUUGCAUUGGUGGCGAAGAGCUAAGGAUACGACUCACAAUGAUAAGUAAACUGGACGACCUUCUGACGCACAUUGGCACGGGAAAAUGGAGCUACAUGCAUAUCCUCCCCCUCUGCUACUCCUUUUGGAUCGUCGUGAUGCAAGCCAUGAGCGGAGCUUUCAUGGCACCCAAGUUAGAUUUCUCGUGCCGCCCACCCGCCCACGCCGUCGACCGAGCCACGCCCAUCUCCGCCCUUAAUGAGACCGGAAUACUCAACAAUGUGACGCAAGAGUGUGUCUAUUCUGCCGAGGACCCUGUGACGGGAGAGGUCGAGGAGCAACAAUGCGCCGAGUGGGACUUCGACAACUCCACCUUCAGCUCCACCGUGACGUCGGAGUUCGAGCUGGUGUGUGGGUGGGAGUACCUGCGGGCGCUAUACACAAGUAUCUACAUGUUUGGCGUUUUCUUCGGGUCUCCUUUGAACGGGUUCCUGGCUGACAAAUACGGGCGAAAACCCCUCGUCCUGAUAGGUGCCUUGGCCUUUGUCUUCCUAGCAACGAUCUCGACGUGGUUACCCAAUCUCUCGGCUCUUCUGGUGGCUAGGUUCCUGCUCGGCCUCCUUCAGCCUAACACAGCCAAUACGGGAUAUAUCCUUGCCAUAGAGGUCGCCGAGCCCCGCUUCCGCACCGCCCUCGGCAUCAUGCUGUUCAUCCCUUGGGCCAUCGGCGAGAUGUUCCUCGGCGGCUUGGCCUACCUCAUCAGGGACUGGAGGACUCUGCAGCUCACCGUGUCCGUCAUCGGGGUGGUGAUGCUGCCCUUCUUCUGGUUCAUGGACGAGUCGCCUCGCUGGCUGGCCGUGAGAGGAGAUCACGACCGAGCUGUGAAGAUCCUGCAGAAGGCCGGGAAGUGGAACAAGGUGCCUCUCCCUCCUGAAAAUGAGGUCAUGGCGCUCAUGAGGCAAGAACUUCCUCCAACGAAAGCGAAACGCGAGGAUAGAGGUAUAAAGACAGUAGUGAAAUCCUUCUUCCAAAACGCUGCCAUUCUCUUCAGGACCCCGAAGCUCCGCCUCAUCACGAUCGUCAUGUACCUGGACUACCUGGUGUUGGCCAUGGUGUACUACGGCCUCUCCCUCAGCGGCGGCAACCUCAGCAGCGACCCCUUCGUGUAUAUGGUGCUGUCGGGCCUCAUGGAGAUCCCCGCGUACACCGGCGCUUACCCCUUGGUGGCGAAGUUCGGCCGAAGGAUCCCGACGGUGCUGUGCUGCUUCGUGAGCGGGGCGGCGCUGCUCGUGCUCACCGGGGUGCCCACGGGCUACUCCACCGUGAUCGUGACCCUCGCUCUGGUGGGCAAAAUGGCAAUCACAGCCGCCUACCAGAUCGCCAUUUUCUUCUCCUCCGAGCUGUUCCCGACGGAGGUGCGGAGUCGCGGAGUUGGCACCUGCUUCAUGCUCUCCAGGGUCGGGUCCAUGGCCGCCCCCUUCAUUACGGACUUCUUGGGAUCCGCAUACCCCGCGGCGCCGUCCAUAGUGUUCGGUGUGGCAUCGCUACUGGCAGGGAUGGCGACGCUGGCACUCCCAGAGACCCUCGGCGUGGCACUGCCUGACACCAUCGCGCACCUGGAGGAGAGGAACAUCGGUGGCACGAGCAGUUGCUGCAAGUGGCUGCGAGGACCAAGUGGGAAGGAAGAACAGCACGCGGCAAAAUUAUAUUCAGAGAAGCAAGAGGCAAAAAUAUAAUAGGAAAUGAACAUUCACAUUUCUUUAUCAAGAGAAUGGAAUAUUUCGUACGAAUUUGAACCAUGUGUUGGCCAAUGCAAUGUUUAACAUGCAUAUAUGCUUAAUGCUAUAUCUACACACACAUACACACCCGGGCUCAUUCUAAUUGUGUAUAUUCAUGUGUGUAUAGAUAAUGAGUUACUGGGAAGCCACAUAUACAGAUAUAGAUCUAUGUAUUUUUAUACGCACAUGCUUUUAUGAAUUUUACGUCGACCCCGUAUAAAGAUGGAGAAAACAGAGUAAA